AUGGUAGCAACUCAUCCAGUGAGCACUGAGCAAGAUGAAUUUUCGGGUGAGAGUGAAGAUACAGAACGAUUGUACACAAUGGUAUUUCAGGAAAUCUGUAAUCGAUUUGGCAAAGAAUGUACAUGGGAUGUUAAAUCUUUAGUCAUGGGGAAUAGUGCCUUGUGUUUCGAAGAUGCGCCUAAUGGGGUAGAAGCGGCUCUGGCAGCUGGCAGGCAAGUGGUUAUGAUUCCAGAUGAAAAUCUCAAUCCAGAUCUAACAAAGAAAGCAACAUUAGUGCUUAAAUCCAUGGAGGAAUUCCAGCCGGAAUUGUUUGGCUUGCCACCUAAUGACUAGGAUGCAACGUAAACAUUUUUUCAUAUUAUUUUCAAAUAAACAAUGUUCUAAAGAAAUUCAUUCAGUGAUUUUUAUGUUAUGAAUUAAAUUAUA